GCAGAUAGGAGAAAGUUAAAAGGCGAGGAAUUGAGAACGUCGUGCCGAAAGUUGAGAUACCAGCUGUGAUAUCCAACGUUAGCGUUCAGGGACCUCUCUCGUAGAAUGUGAAAGCGAUUAAUAAAGAGGGAAACCACAGUUGCAAUGUGUUCAAUGGAAGCGUCGGAGUGUUCCACAGUGACUGCCGACGUGACGUGGUAUGUCAGGAGUGGACAUUUAAUGAAUCGGUCACACCGUGGCCAGUUUUGCGUAAAUGGAUCUCAGGUGGUGAAGAGACGAUUAUUUUGCAAAGAUUUCAUUAUUUUUUUCUAUAUUUUCGGUGACAAGAGUGAUUGAUUUUUAUCAAAAUGGUGUUAUUAACAAUGAUUGCGAGGAUAGCAGAUGGUUUGCCACUGGCAGCCACGAUGCAGGAAGAUGAACAGAGCGAAAGAAAAAUUUUAGAAUAUCAGAAUCAGGCAAAAAUGUUAUUUAGAAGAUUAGAACCACAGUCUCCAGCUAGAUGUACCAUAGAAACAGGUCCAUAUUUAUUCCAUUACUUAAUUGAAAAUGAAGUAUGUUAUUUGGUAUUGUGUGAAAAAAACUAUAGUAAACGGGCCGUAUAUAAUUAUCUUGAAGAUAUAGCGCAAGAAUUUCAUUCAUCAUAUGGUAAACAUGUCAAUACAGUUACUAGGCCCUACAGUUUUAUUGAAUUCAAUACAUACAUCCAAAAAGCAAAGAAAGUUUUUCUGGAUGGUAGAUCAAGAAGAAAUAUGAAUGCACUCAAUAGCCAACUACAGGAUGUGCAAAGAAUCAUGGUUCAAAAUAUAGAUGAUGUCUUGCAAAGGGGUACAGUUCUUUCAGAGUUAGACACUAAAACACAAAAUUUGACUAUGUUGUCACAAAAAUAUAAAAAGGAUGCAACUCAUUUAAAUAGCAAGUCCAUGUAUGUAAAAGCUGUGGCUGGACUUGUUGCGUUUUUGGUCUUCCUGUUAUACUUUUUUAUUCUUUAGUUUUUGAAUCUAUUUGAAAAAUUGGUUACGAUUAUGUAAAGAUAAUUAAUGUUUUUCAUCAUAUUGUUUUUCCAAAAUUAGCGAAUACUUUUUUUCUUGUGAAUUUACUUAUCCACAUAAUGUAUCUAAAUUCUAAGUUCUCCUGAAAUUGGAAACAAUGUACAUAUGUUGUAUUCGGGCAAAAGCUAGUCGCAUGGUAUAUAAUGAUAUCCAUACCAUUCAAGACAUUGUUCCAUAUAUUGUCAUACAGUAAAUAUAAUGAUUUUCUACAUAAUUAAGACAAUGUAUGAUCAUCUUUACUUUGGCUUAGUAAAAAAUAUCCUUUAACAAGUAAGACAAUAUGUAUAGUCAUGGUUAUUGUUAUAUUAAAAAUUAUUUUAUUCUUAUUACUUUAUUUAUGAGGCAAGGAAAUUAAUAUUACUAUUAAUAUUAUUAUAUUCAUAUUUAAAGCUGUAUUUUAUCAUUUAGACAUAUUAUUUUACAUAAUUUACAGUGAAAACAAAUUCGUUUUAUUUAUUCUUGUGACUAUAUUAUUCUUUGAAACAUAAACGUUUACGUAUUUACUUCUCUGGAUGGGGAAUCAAUGAAGAUGUAACAAUAGAAUUUAACUUUCAUUAAUAUUAUUCUAUGUAUACGUGAUUCAGUUGAAUCAGUCUAUUGAAAUAUCGUACUUACAAUAAAAAGAAUUGAAUUUGUAUAUCCAUCUAAAUUUACGCGAGGAAAAUCACCGUAACUUACUUAAAAAAAUUUUUAUAUGUACAAAAUACCUAGUGUUGUAUUAUUGUUACAUUCUAACUAAUUCAUCAUAAUCGGGUAUAUUGAAAUUUGAUAAACACUUGUUUUCUCGAUCAUCAUUUGAUUUUUCCUCGUCGGAUUCUGAGAAUUCAGAAUUAAAAAAAUAAUUUACAGUCGAAUUUGUUUUUCCCUUCAUAUUUGCCUGAUUGUAUGUUCUUUUCCUCCUCCUUGAUGCAUUGUGAUUAUUAGCUUUAUAUUUUGAAGCAUUUGUAUCUUCGUCAUCUGAAAUAUUAUUUAAUAUAUCCUGAAAUUGAUUGUAAGCUUAAAAACAAUAAGAAUUAUGCAUAAAAUACAUACCAGUAUCUAUAAUUUCAUACAUAUAUGAAUGAUCCUUUAGAAUUAUAUAUAUUGUUGGAAAUUCAA